CAUAAAACUGCAGAAUGUAGCGGGAUGUAGUUUGAUUUACAAUGUUCCUUUUUCUUCUGCUUGCGCUGUGGACGGCUCAUCAAACUCAAGCCCAUUUGACAUACCCCAUAGUGUACUGCAACAUGGCGUCCACGUGUAUCCAUGACAACCGCAUGGUGUGUGCCUCCACCAUGGACGGAUGCAGCCGCCGCACCUUCCUCGACCAGUGCGAUAUGUAUGAGUACAACUGCGACUAUGGCACACAAUUCACGACCAGAAUCACCAGUACGUGCGCUGGUGUGACUAAUUUUGCGUGUUGAUGUUUGUAAAUAAAUAAUUAUAAACUU